CCUUGACCAUGUUUCAGAAGAACCUUUUUUUCCUUCCAGCAAAUGCAUGUUCUUUUUUCCUUCUUAAUCCAGAGAGAGAAAAGGCCAAUAUAUGAGAAUUUCCCAACAUUUUUCUCUGCUGUUCAGCUUUUUGGGAAGAAAGCAUUUCGUUGUUUCUAUUCAAAGCCUGAAUUGUCUGUGAAAGGCCGGACAAGAUGCAGAGAGAAAGAGAGACUGGAGAGCCUGUCCCAGGAUGUGGUUGAGAAAACGCUGUCUCAAGACAGCUACAGCACUUACAACACUGUCCAGGCUGUGGCCAAGGCUCUAGAUGCAGCCUACUCCUCUAGAUCCAGGCAGAAGGUGACAGCUAGUGGAGGCUGGUUGGAACUGCAGAAGGUACGGCCAUGGCAGGGAGAAGACCCCAGGUGUUAUCUGGAAUCAUCCAACAUUGCUAGUAAACAAUCUCCCUGCCCACAAAGAACUAGAGUUUAGAGGCAGAGAAAUGUGUGGGCUUUGCAGGGCUUAACAGAUGUGCACAUCUGGGCAGGGUUUGCCGCCAGACACCAGGGAGGAGGAGCAAGGCUUCACAGGACGAGACCUUGAUGCCACUGAAGAUUUCUCUUAAAAAUGGCAUUGUUCAGUUCACACCAGAAAGCGCUUCCAACUCAUCUGGUAUUCUUUUUUUGCUGAAAUCUCCAAUAAUAGAAACAGACUCCAUUUCUACACAGCUGAAAUUGAGUCUUGAAGUUUCCAUUUUGGAGAGUUGAAUGGACUCUUGAAGUUCCCAUUGGAAUUCCCCACGCUCCCCAAAACAGAAGCCCUGUUGUACGUGCUGUGACAUCCCAACUGCCUGUCUCUCUUUGAGGCCUUGUUAGUGAGCAUGGAGAGUGACAAUUCUAGUAAUAAUUUGGGCCAAAACAACAAUAAUUUUGAAAAAUCCAGAAGGUACAAGUGGUGCAUCGUACCAUUGUGCAAGAGCACAACAAAAAGUACACCGGAAAAAAUAUUUGUGCAUGUACCAGCGGAAAAGAAGCGACGGAAAGCAUGGGUAGAUGCUAUGAGAAGAGAAAAGUUGUUCAGUGAGAAAUCCGUGUUGUUCGUGUGUCAGGACCAUUUCAAUUUGCAAGAGGACAUGGAAAAUUUCACUGAGCACAAACUGAUAGGAACACAUUUACGAGUGAAGAAGAACGUUCUGCCCCAUAUUUUUGACUGCCAGUCUGCUGGAUCUGCCCCAUCCUACCUAAACAGAACAACCAGGAAACUAUUCCAGGGAGCCAUAACUUACAGUGCCACUGGGAUGACAGAACCUCUGUCUACACUGGAAAGGGAGAUUCAUACAACUCUAAAGAAGAUGCUGAGAAAGGCUGGCCCUGAAGCAGGAAAAGAUGUUGAUGAAAUUGAGGUUGAGAGCACUGAGGGGUUCUGGGAAAGAACCGUGCAGAAGAUCCUGGGUGAGGAUACUACCAGCUCAGAUGCCCAGCGCCAGCGCUUCAGACAGUUCUGCUAUCAGGAGGCUGAGGGGCCCCGAGAGGCUUGCAGCCGACUCCACAGCCUUUGCCACCAGUGGCUGAAGCCAGAAAGACACACAAAAGCUCAGAUCUUGGACCUGGUGGUCCUGGAGCAGUUCCUGGCCAUCCUGCCCCUGGAGAUGGAGAGCUGGGUCAGAGAAUGUGGAGCAGAGACCAGUUCCCAGGCAGUGGCCCUGGCAGAAGGUUUCUUUCUGAGCCAGGCAGAGGACAAGAGGCAAGAAGACCAGCAGGAGGGUCCAGCGGUUGCCGGGCAGACACUGGAAUUCAGCAGGAUUGUACAGGAGGGUGACAAAAGUGUAGGUGAUGGAGCAACACUGGUGAAUCACUCAAGACCUUCUCUUCUUUCUGCUGGAGGGGAAACAGUGACUGUGCAGUUGGACCAGGCUUCAGUGACUUUUGAGGAGGUGUCUGUGUGUUUCUCCAAAGAGGAGUGGGCUCUGCUGGACCCAGGCCAAAGGGCUCUGCACAGGGAAGUCAUGGAGGUGAACUGGAGGAACCUGGCCCCUCUAGGUGACAGGAGGGAGAGCAAAAAAGAAGGUGAAAUGCAGAGGAGGAAAACUAAAGCCAAGCAGAAGGGGAGAGAGGACACCCUUGUUCCGGAAGGCCCUGACUUCCAUGAAAUUCCAAGCCAAGAAGGAAACACAAAGAAUACAUUUCCUCGUUAUGGAUCUAUCUUAAAUGGUGAAUCAAACGUUGGCAUGCAUCAAAGAGUGCACACUGGUGGAGAACCAUUCACAUGCUUAGAUUGUGGAAAGAGUUUCAGUCACAAGACAAGCUUUACUAGGCAUCAAAGAAUCCACACAGGAGAGAAGCCGUUUCCAUGUGCCGAGUGUGGAAAAUGCUUCAGGCAGAGGGAACAACUGGUUGCACAUCAAAGAAUCCACACAGGGGAGAAACCAUUCCCAUGCUCAGAGUGUGGAAAGACCUUCAGGAGGAGGAUAACACUUAUUGAGCAUCAAAGAAUCCACACAGGGGAGAAGCCAUUUUUGUGCUCAGUGUGUGGAAAGGGCUUCAGGAAGAGCUCACACCUUACUUCCCAUCAAGGAACCCACACAGGGGAGAAACCACAUAAAUGCUCAGAGUGUGGCAAAUACUUCAGUCAUAGCAGUAGUCUGUCUUACCACAAAAGCACUCACACAGAAGAGAAACCAUACCAGUGCUUAGAUUGUGAAAAGAGCUUCAGGGGGAGGAUGCAACUUAUUGCACAUCAAAGAAUCCACACAGGGGAGAAGCCAUUUCUAUGCUCAGAGUGUGGAAAGAGCUUCAGUCAUAGCUCUAGCCUUACUUCCCACAAAAGAACUCACACAGGAGAGAAACCAUAUCCGUGCUUAGAUUGUGGAAAGAGCUUCUGUCAGAGUGUAGCCCUUGACUCACAUCAAAGAGUUCACACAGGAGAUAAACCAUUUACAUGCUCAGAGUGUGGAAAGCAGUUCCGUCACAGGAAAAGCCUUCUUUUACACCACCCAAUCCACCCUGGGGAGAAGCUGUUUGCAAACCCAGAAAGUAGAAAGGGCUUCAGCCAAAGGAUGCACCUUACUGGUCAUCAAAGGGUCCACGCUGGGGAGAAGUCAUUUGCAUGUUCACAAUGUGGAAAGAGCUUUAGUCAGGGCAUUAGCCUCACUAAGCAUCACAGAAUUCAUACAGGAGCAAAAGCACUUAUAUGCUGAGAGCAUGGGAAGCGUUUCAGUCAGCGGGAAAAUCUUACUACAACUCAGAGCAUGCACACUCUGAGCAUAAAUGCUCAGGGUCUGGAAAGAGCUUCGAGUCAGAAGACAAACCUUAUUACUCAUCAAGGAGUGCCUUAAGGGUGAAAUGUUAAAAUCCUCAGCAUAGAGAAAGGGAUUUCAUUGCAGGGUGAAGAAAUCAAAGAAUCCACACAGGAUUGAAUUCUGCAAAUCCCAGACAUGCUUGAAGUGGGAAGAGUUGAAGGGCAGAUCUGUGUCUAAUGAUUGACAUCAAACAACAUCAUACAUAUAGUUAGAUGAAGGCUUUUCUGGAUGUUUCAACUCUAACUCUAGAAUCGAUGCAUUGUUGAAUCAAACUUAUAAAUGCUCAACGUGGUAUAAACAGCUAUUGAGGCGGGUCUCAUGAUCAGUGAGACCCGUCUCGAGAGGGUUAGCGGGGAGAUCGGGCUUAGCCCACUCUCCACACACACGAGCAGCCUGCAGCCUUGGGGACAGCAAGUUAAUGAGGGCACCAUAACGUAAGAGUUCAGAAGGUUUCAGGUUCAAUCCCUGGCAGCAUCUCCAGGUUGUUAUGGUAAAGACUUAUCUGAAAUCCAGAGAGGUUGGCAGUCAGUGGGCUUGUUGUAAUGAUUCAGAUCGGCGUAGGAGGAGCACCCUGUUAGGGUAGGAAAGCCAGGCGCACUGUCCAUUGGCAAAUGUGGUCUUGUUUCACCUAGGAGUAAAAAGGGCUUGGCAGGCUGGGGAAGGAUGGAUGGAUCAAUCAAAGUAGAAGAGGGGAGAGUGAUCAUGUAGGUGCAGGGAACUGGACAGGACAGCUCUUCAUCCAUCCUUGAUAAAAUGCUGGGGACAGAAUGAGUUGGCUGCACCUGUUCUACCCAACACCCAGUUUCAUGAACUGGGUUUUUAUUUGAUUUCAACUGCUUAGAUCCUGAAGCUAUUCCCACAAUCGCUAGAAACCGGGCUAAGGCACCCCAGCCCAUUUUCUAGUGGUCAUCAAAACCACGGCUACCCGAUGGUCCCACGGUGGCUAGCCUGCCUAAAAAUCCCUCCCGCUAAACGAGGUUAACGGAGUGAGCGCUCCAUUAACCUUGUUUCUUUGAUUGUGUGUCAGCUGUGGCUGCUUGCAGGGUGAGGGAAAGGUAAGGGGGGAGCCCAGGAAGGCACUGCACACUUGCAUGGUGCCUUCCAUGGCCCGGGGCACCAUGUGGUGCUACUCCCCUUCCCCCAAGCCCCAGAGUUUCCCAGCGAGCUGAGGGCGGGCACUGGAGCACCCGACCGAAGCUGCCACUCAUCUGGGCAGCCAAUCCGGCCACCCAGCAAGGAGUGACUGCUCGUGUGCAGGGAGAGAGAACUAAUCCUGCUCUCCCCACCAAACGCCAUGAGGCGCUACACUUUAUUUAUUUAUUUAUUUAUUUAUGUGGUGUUUCCUUGUUUUGUACAUUUUAAUGUAGUAAGCGGUUUUUGGACUUUUUGUGAAGGUGCAAGAUACAGAUAUUUUAAAUAAAUAAAUAGAAUCCAAACCAGCUA